AUGCUAGGUUUUACUAAGAAUGAGCUGGGUUUUUUCCACAUACCAGAUUUUGAGUACAAAUUGGAGACCCCGAAACCUUCUCCUACUGCUUUGAUAAAGGUUACCGGGGGGAAAAUUGAUGCAGCCACAGUUCAGACAGAGCUUGCAAAAUUCAUCACAGCAGACUGGAACUGGGAAGCGUUUCCUCAUGGGGAUGACUCUUUCCUGGUGGAAUUCCCAUCUGAGGAUGAACUCAAACGAAGAGUCGAUAUUGAUUUUUGUUUGAAGAAUCAUGGGGUCACAUUGACAAUCACAGAGUGGCAGGAUGCUAGUGACUCUAUUCCGGCUUAUCAUCUUGAUGAAGUUUGGGUUCAUGUCAGUAAAGUCCCUCAUCCUUGGCGCCAUUACCUUGGCUUUUGGGCACUCGGCACACUUAUUGGUGCUACUCUAGAGGUUGAUAUGCUCACUUAUAGGAAAAAAGGUGUGAUCCGUAUUCUGGUGGGGAUGAUGAGCAGAGAGUAUUUACCCUUUACCACCGAUGUGGUUUUUGGAAAAGUAGGACAUAAAGUAACUUUCAGUUUGGAGGAGGCAAAUUUUGAGUCAGCAAUUCCUCCACCGAAUCCAGAUUACUCUGAUCGGGAUGAGGAUGCGCCUGGAAAAGAUGAUGCAAAUCAUGGGCGUGAUGGUGGGCAGACCCAGAAAAAGCGGAAAACUAUAGAGAACACGUCAUCUUCAUCUAAUGCCCAUACUGGAGGUGGACCUGUGCCAAUGCAAUUGGCAACUGCGAUGUCACUGCUUGAGAAAAAAGGCCUAGAGAACCUGAGCCAGUUACUAAGCCUAGAUGACAUAGCUAAGCUACCGGCUGUGUAUGUUACCCCUCCGGCCAAGAAUGUCAAAGGCAAUGCAUGUUCAGGAAAGUGUCUUCAUCCACCAGAGAAAGCUACUAGUGGUGAACGUACUAGUACUGAACCCAGUUCGGAAGCUACAGAACGAUCAUUAGUGGCUGGGACACAUACUUUGCCUUCUGAUCAGUCACACUCGCCUAGGCUCAGCAAAAAGGUGACACCUACUCAACCCAUGCCAACCUCGCCUAGGCCAAAGGUUGGGACAAACAGCAGGUCGAUAUCACCUAAUCCCAUGCUGUGUGAAAUUGAUAGCAGUGUUAGACCGGAGAUACCUCAUAGCAGCAGUUCUACUCCGACCAUCAGGCAGACAGUUAAGCCUGUAGAAUCAGGCGAUCUGUUGAUGUCAAGGUUGAUGACUCCGCGUCCGUCGGCUUCAAGCAAGCCGGGCAAAGAUGUUCCAGCUAAUAUUAAUGAUGGUCCAGGGUUACAAUCCCCUUCAGGUACAAAUGAAAAUUCAUUAUCGCUAUUGAAUUCAACUGAAGGACUACGACAUAGUACACGUACUAAUAUCCAAUCUGCUGAUGGAAUUUCCACAGCUGACGAGGAUAUGACAAGCAAAGCUAUGCGAAGGGCUGCCAUCCGAAAUUUGGAUAGCCCUCCGGAGAAGAAGUCGGCGGCUGCACAGAGUGUGGUGCCGCAUUCGCCUUCAUCUCCGUCGAUUUGA